ACUAAAAGCCCAUUACCAUGACGCUACUGCAGAGACUCCAGGCCAUGUCGGCCACCACGACCAGGACAAUACUGGAGGGCAGCAUCAGUAGCAUCAGCAGCAUCGGCAGCAUCGGUGGCGGGAAUGAGGAGCCGCCGGCGAGUAAACUACCCGUUCUGGAGGAGUCCGGCUCGCAUGCCAGAUAUUUGAAAUUCAUUGCCGACGGCCUCAUCGACGAGGGACUGGGCAGCGCGGUGGGCAGUGGGAGCAGCAUCGCCGUAUCCGUCGAAGACGUGGUCGCCGGACAGGCGCAGGACAUGCAGGCGAGCGAAGGAGCCGUCGACGACGCCGACGGCAGCAGCCAUCUGGCAUUAGUCUUCGUCAAGUGUUUCAUUAUUGGUUUCAUCAUACUGGCCGCCAUCCUGGGCAACAUGCUGGUGAUUGUGUCCGUCAUGCGGCACCGGAAAUUGCGCAUCAUUACCAACUACUUUGUGGUCUCGCUGGCCGUCGCCGACAUGCUGGUGGCCCUCUGUGCGAUGACAUUUAAUGCUUCCGUCAUGAUCUCGGGCAAGUGGAUGUUCGGAUCCGUGAUGUGCGACAUGUGGAACAGCUUCGACGUCUACUUCUCCACCGCCAGCAUCAUGCACCUCUGCUGCAUAUCGGUCGACAGAUACUACGCCAUUGUCCAGCCACUGGACUAUCCACUAAUCAUGACACAGCGGCGCGUGUUCAUCAUGCUGCUGAUGGUGUGGCUGUCGCCGGCGCUCCUCUCGUUCCUGCCCAUCUGCUCCGGAUGGUACACAACGACCGAGAACUACAAGUAUCUCAAAUCGAAUCCGCAUAUAUGCGAGUUCAAAGUGAACAAGGCGUACGCCAUCGUCAGCUCGUCGAUGAGCUUCUGGAUCCCCGGCAUCGUGAUGCUGUCGAUGUACUACCGCAUUUACCAGGAGGCCGACCGGCAGGAGCGUCUGGUCUACAGGUCCAAGGUGGCCGCCCUGCUGCUGGAGAAGCAUCUGCAGAUUAGCCAAAUUCCCAAGCCCCGGCCGAGCAUUCAGGUGGAGCAGUCGACCAUCUCGACGAUGCGGCGUGAGCGGAAGGCCGCCCGCACCCUGGGCAUCAUCAUGAGCGCCUUCCUCAUCUGCUGGCUGCCGUUCUUCCUCUGGUACAUCGUAUCCUCGCUGUGCGAUAGCUGCAUCACUCCGCGCCUGCUCGUUGGCAUCCUGUUUUGGAUCGGCUACUUCAACUCGGCCCUGAACCCCAUUAUUUAUGCGUACUUCAACCGCGACUUCAGGGCCGCCUUCAAGAAGACCCUCAAGAGCCUCUUUCCCUACGCCUUCUACUUCUGUCGACGCGGCAGGGGGCGGGAUGACGACCGGGAUCUGGAGUUCGGCGGUCCCAGUCGCCGGGGAACCAAUGGAGCCCAACGCACCGGAUCCGGAUCCGCCGAGAUGGCCAACUGCGUCAACUCCACGGCCUCGUCGGAGAUUCACAUGAGCGUGAUGCGUGCCCGCCAGUAUGCCGUCAAUGCCACACCCACCACGGACGCCCAGAUGCAGCAGCUGCAUCCUCUGUAUACAAACUAAGCGAAGAACACACAUGGCGUAUACUUGAUUUCAGCUCCAGUGCUUCACAACGUCUGUUCGUGAGAUGAGUGGCGCAGUGCACAGCAAGUGUUCUCCAGCAACCAGAUGGCCAGCUUACAAAUACAAAUCACUCUUCAAAAACAUUCCUCAAAAUGGCUGCUAAAAAAGAAUUUAACCACAAAUAAUAGAAAUAAUAGAUAAAGCAACAGCAACAGCCACAGCAACAGCAACAAUACGACAAUCCCACAGAUUAAA